AUCGAUAAAUUUCCGGGAUAUGCUCGGAAGUUGCUAAGCAAAGGAUACAACGAGUAUGGCGGCGGACAUUUGACGAUGUACCCAGCGAACGAACUCACAGAAUCUUCAACGGAGAAUAAACAAACGAUUCCUCAUUCGGUAAAAGCCAAAAUGCCAGCUGCGUCUGGAGUGAGACGUAUUAGUGGAGGUAAGAAAAAUGUUAAGAAAAUUCACUGUGCAUUUCACGAAAUCGUACAUUAAUUUCAGCUGGCCCCUAAAGGUGAAGAUCACUGCACAGUGAAAAUAGUGGAAGAAAUCAGAAAAUGACACCCACCCUACUCGAAUUUUGCAGUAUCCCCCCUGGUGUAGCAGAAAAUGUAUAGAGUUAGCAAAGACAACUUCCUUCGCUGCUUACUGCCGUACUUUGAAUCCAGUAAAAAGGUCUAAUUGGCCUGUUUUUGUAUCAAACCUGUGAAUUGGAGUCAUUGUCACUUGUAAUCUUCAACAUUUUUGUUCAAAUAUUUUUAUUGCAGAAAAGUUUGGUGAACGUCCUUUAUCACGUCAUGGCGAUAGACCCACAAGCAGCAGAUCUCUUGACAGUCCCUUGCAAACUGCAGCACAGUCACCCCAACAAAGGUCUUUUUAUUGUGAGGGAAGUAACCUUCAACGUCGAAGCUCAGAAGAGCUGAUCUCUUCUCAUGGUGCUGUCUUUGUUCCAAGGCCUCCAUCCAGACAAAAGACAGGUGGUCGCCCCAAAUCAGCCAAAGGGCGGGUGCGUCCUAACUCCCAUGUUGGAAGAGAAAGAAAAGCUUCAAGAGAGUGUUUGUCUGAUGUUGGAGAUCUAGUUUCCUGUUCCCCACCACUAAAACCACAGCUAUCUUUUUCAAAGUACAAGCCCCUUCCUUCUAUAGGCACAGGGCUUGUUCCUAAGACUGAUAAUUACCAUUCUCUAAGUGAAUUAUCUCAAAGUAGAACAAGAACACAAACUGACAGCAAUGAUACUGAUAAUGUGUCGACCUUGUCAAAAGCUACUGCAAGUUUAUCAUUACACUACUCCCUCCCUGAUGAACCAACAGAUGCAGAGCCAGAGAGACUUAAUCUUGCCAUAAAACUAUUGGAUGGUACUCGUCAUGAGAGAUGGUUUAGACCCACAGACACUCUAGGCGCGGUGUUGGCAUUUGCUGCAUCAGUUACUAAGGACGAGCUUCCUCCCUGUCUCAUUUGCACAAAUGAGGUGCCCAGAAGAGUUUUUGAUAAUUUUUCUCUAAGUUUGUCACAAGCUGGGAUAAACUCAAGAACAGUUGUCUAUCUUGAAGACUUGGUACCAUUAGAUAACAAUAGUAAAUAA